UCACACGGGGUAAAAGAGUCACUUCCAACCUGCACGGUCUCAAACAGAGAACGGAGAAGAGCAACGGUCGGUAGUCGAGAUCGGCCGCUUCGCAGAAGAACCACACUAGAACCUGAACAGAAAAAACAACUCAAAACGAGAAGUGAACUCCAACGAACCUGAGAGAAAACGGAGCCUUUGUUUUCAGAAGCAGCAGGGAGCCGAACCAGAGGAAAGAUGAUGAGUUUUCUGCCAUACUUCUCCGCUGAGACCUGGACCCUCCUGGCCCUCCUCAUCACCCUCAUUGUAGUGUACGGGUACUGGCCCUAUGGUGUAUUCACUAAGAUGGGUAUCCCUGGUCCCAAACCCCUACCUUACUUUGGCACAAUGUUGGAGUAUAAAAAGGGCUUCACUAACUUUGACACAGAGUGCUUUCAGAAGUACGGGAGAAUCUGGGGGAUCUAUGAUGGGAGGCAGCCUGUUCUGUGUAUCAUGGACAAAAGCAUGAUCAAGACCGUCCUGAUUAAAGAGUGUUACAACAUCUUCACCAACCGCAGAAACUUCCAUCUGAAUGGUGAGCUGUUUGACGCGGUGUCCGUUGCCGAGGACGAUACAUGGAGACGGAUCCGCAGUGUCCUCUCACCUUCCUUUACCUCUGGACGACUAAAAGAGAUGUUUGCUAUCAUGAAGCAGCACUCUUCUAACCUGCUGAGCGGAAUGAAGAAGCAGGCAGAUAAAGACCAGACCAUUGAACUGAAGGAGUUCUUUGGGCCCUACAGUAUGGACGUGGUCACCAGCACAGCUUUCAGUGUGGACAUUGACUCUCUGAACAACCCUUCAGACCCCUUUGUCUCCAACGUCAAGAAGAUGCUCAAGUUCGACCUGUUCAACCCACUGUUCCUCCUAGCCGCUUUGUUUCCCUUCACUGGUCCUAUCUUGGAGAAGAUGAAGUUUUCUUUCUUCCCGACUGCGGUGACAGACUUCUUUUAUGCCUCGCUGGCUAAGAUCAAAUCUGGACGUGACGCUGGGAACUCAACUAAUCGGGUGGAUUUCUUACAGCUGAUGAUCGACUCUCAGAAAGGCAGCGACACAAAGACAGGAGAGGAACAGACUAAAGGUACCUGCCGAACAAACACCUGGAAACGAUUGUUACAAACACACACCUGGGAACUACUGUUACACACAACUGGAAUCUCUCUCUCUCCUUUCCUCUCCCUCUCUCCCUCCACAGGACUGACUGAUCACGAGAUAUUGUCUCAGGCCAUGAUCUUCAUCUUCGCCGGCUACGAGACCAGCAGCAGUACUAUGAGUUUCCUGGCCUAUAACCUGGCAACCAACCCCCAUGUCAUGACCAAACUGCAGGGGGAGAUAGAUACUGUGUUCCCCAACAAGGCUCCAAUCCAGUACGAAGCUCUGAUGCAGAUGGACUAUUUGGACUGUGUGUUGAACGAGUCUCUGAGACUGUACCCCAUCGCCCCGCGACUGGAGAGGGUCGCCAAGAAGACGGUGGAGAUCAACGGCAUCGUCAUCCCCAAAGACUGCAUUGUCCUGGUUCCCACGUGGACCCUCCAUCGUGACCCAGAGAUCUGGUCUGACCCUGAGGAGUUCAAACCAGAGAGGUUUAGUAAGGAGAACAAGGAGUCUAUUGAUCCGUACACGUACAUGCCAUUUGGGGCGGGGCCCAGGAACUGUAUCGGGAUGCGCUUCGCCCUGAUCAUGAUCAAACUGGCCAUGGUCGAGAUCCUCCAGAGUUUCACUUUCUCCAUCUGCGACGAGACCGAGAUCCCUCUGGAGAUGGACAACCAGGGUCUGCUGAUGCCCAAACGACCAAUCAAACUGAGGCUGGAGGCCCGUAGAAACACCCCUAGCAACACCACCGCUACCACUCUGAAGAGUCCAACAACGUGACCAAAUGCAGGAGCACCCUACCCUGGAGUACCUCUCUCUCUCUCUCUCUCUUCCCCUCUCCCCCCACACAAAAGGGCUUUAGUACAGACAGAAAUACUUCUCACACCGCUAAUGAAAAUUUCUGGGAUCUUUUAUUUCAGCUCAUGAAACAUUUUUGUUCAACAGCCUCUCUAUCUAUCUAUCUUUCUGUCGAUCGGCUACUGAACAUUCAGUCCUUAUCCUAUCCCUGCUAUAGGCUGCUGAAUAUUCAGGCUGGGAUUCAAUAGGCUACUUAAUUAAUAUAAUAUGAUAUUAAGACUGCAUUCACAAUGAAUAUUCAGUUCAGUCAGAUCAAUCUGAAAUUACAUUUAAAAUGGCACAUAGCUGACAAUUGACAAAAGUGCUGGGAUUGAAUCCUGGUCUCAGUCUCAUGCUUGGUUUGAGUAAGACUCAGAAACCCAUGUCCACCAGAUAAAAGAGAUAGUAAUACUAUGGAUGCAUUAGAGGUACAUGUCUUGUUAAAGUUAGACACCAGGGGGUAGUAAUCCAUGGCAUGAUGUCAUGUCUGGAUCAUGCACACUACUGGCUGGUGGCUGGAAUUUUCCUAGAAUGUAGAACUCUAGCUGGUGUUCUCUAGAACUGUACUCUCAUUCUGUUCCUCUGGGUGUUCUGCUGUCCAGUCAUUCCAAAAUAGAAUCUUUACUGUCUGUUGAGAUGAUCCCUGCAGCUGCUUGGUUUUAACUUUAAUCAUCACAAACCAAUAAAAUCAUCACACUAAUGAA